CUCAGAGCUGAGGAGGCGGCGCUUGCGGGGCGUGGGACUCUAGACAAAGAAGACACACUCACUUACUCACUCACACACACACUUACACAACGCUCACACAAGACACGACUGGAGUUGGACAGCUGGAAUCGAUCUUCAACUCCUGGGACUAUUUUUGCUUUCCCCCCUGCUUGGCGAACAAAGUUGUCAAAAAAAAGGAGGAGCUGUACGUUUUCCAGCUGUGCCGAUCCAUAAGUUGCGCUACCAUAUGUUGUGCGUAAAUGUGCGCGCGGAUAGGCGUGCUCGGGAUGGAAAAUAGGGGCCGGCUCUGCUCUUAGCUGUCCGCCAUGGGGGGUUGCCAUAGUUACCCCACCACCACCACCAAAGCGGACGGCAAAGCUCCUCCCGACGUCUGCGAUGGCAAAGUGGGGCUCAACAACAACAUCCUGGAGACGCGUCCGUACCUCCAGCAGGAGUACGCAUGUCAGCACAUCAACCACACGGACAUGUGCGCGCUCACGUCGCUACCGCCCGGCGUGGACAAAGCCGAGUGGUUGGCCAGCAACACCGUGUCGUUUUUCAAGCACAUAAACCUGUUCUCCAGCGCGCUGUCCGAGUUCUGCACCCCCACCACCUGCCCGACCGCCUGCGGACCGGGCGACACAGUUUAUGUUUGGACUGAUGAUCAUGGCAGGAAGCUGAAAUGCUCGGCUCCUCUCUACUUUGACUACGCCAUGUCUUACAUUCAGGACCUACUUACAGAUGAAGAUGUGUUCCCCACAAAAGCAGGCUCAGUUUUCCCCACCGGCUUCAUCUUCCUGGCGCAGAAGGUGUUUUUGUUGCUGUUCAGGACUCUGGCCCACAUCUACUGGUCUCACUUCCGGCAGACGCACGCGCUGGGCCUGCACGCUCAUCUCAACACGCUCUUUGCGCACCUCACGCUCUUUUGCCGGCAGCACGCGUUGCUGGACGCCGAGGACACUGAACCGCUGCAGGACCUUAUCUCGGCUCUGGGAUUGCAGGGAGGAACACAGGACAAGAAAUAAUGACUUGGAAAGUUUUGCUCGACAAUAUCAGGCUCUCGUUGUGUAUAGUUAAAGUUGUGAUUGAAAUCUUGUUAAAAAAAGCCAAGACAUUAUUUAAUUGAAA